UUAAAAAAAUCAAACUUCAAAUAUAUAUAAAUAAAACUCAAUUCUCUGCCAUGUUGAUAACUUGAAACAAGGAAAUUUCAUGGGAGAGAAAAUCAACAAGAAUGCUUUGAAAGUUUUGUAAGUUGUGUUUACAAGUCGCGACGUGACGUAGUUUGCGGUUGUGGGUUGAACAGCGGUUUUAUCGCGCGUUGCGUGACGCACGCGGUGAUAAGUGUGCGUGAAGCAAACUGAUGGUUCUAGGGACGCGUGAAGCAAACUGAUGGUUCUAGGGACGCGUGAAGCAAACUGAUGGUUCUAGGGACGCGUGAAGCAAACUGAUGGUUCUAGGGACGCGUGAAGCAAACUGAUGGUUCUAGGGACGCGUGAAGCAAACUGAUGGUUCUAGGGACGCGUGAAGCAAACUGAUGGUUCUAGGGACGCGUGAAGCAAACUGAUGGUUCUAGGGACGCGUGAAGCAAACUGAUGGUUCUAGGGACGCGUGAAGCAAACUGAUGGUUCUAGGGACGCGUGAAGCAAACUGAUGGUUCUAGGGACGCGUGAAGCAAACUGAUGGUUCUAGGGACGCGUGAAGCAAACUGAUGGUUCUAGGGACGCGUGAAGCAAACUGAUGGUUCUAGGGACGCGUGAAGCAAACUGAUGGUUCUAGGGACGCGUGAAGCAAACUGAUGGUUCUAGGGACGCGUGAAGCAAACUGAUGGUUCUAGGGACGCGUGAAGCAAACUGAUGGUUCUAGGGACGCGUGAAGCAAACUGAUGGUUCUAGGGACGCGUGAAGCAAACUGAUGGUUCUAGGGACGCGUGAAGCAAACUGAUGGUUCUAGGGACGCGUGAAGCAAACUGAUGGUUCUAGGGACACGUGAAGCAAACUGAUGGUUCUAGGGACGCGUGAAGCAAACUGAUGGUUCUAGGGACGCGUGAAGCAAACUGAUGGUUCUAGGGACGCGUGAAGCAAACUGAUGGUUCUAGGGACGCGUGAAGCAAACUGAUGGUUCUAGGGACGCGUGAAGCAAACUGAUGGUUCUAGGGACGCGUGAAGCAAACCAGUAAAUAAAAGUAGCAGCAGCUCCAGACCCCACCAUCACUACCACCACCACCUGCAAGUCCAGACCCUACCACCACCACCACCAACAACUAGCAGCAGCUGGCUCUACCACCAGCAGCAGCAGGUGGCACACACCUUGCCUCCCACCUCAAGAGAUGGUGAUUGUGUACCUCACCCACUUGAUAAACUUAUGCCAGGAACUACGCAGGAAUGACUUACGGGCUCACCAUAGCCCGUGCUACAUGGACACUUCGUUCUGAGUAGCUAAAUCUGAAAUAAUAGCAACAGCAGAAAUGACUACAAUAUUAUUCACAGCCUUCUGAAGGAGCGCUCUGGGAAUUGAAGUGAAUAAUUUACUCUCAUGUUUCACGCCAAAGGCCUUCCUCUCGCGCAAGAUGGCCGUGUCCUCGGCGCUCUUAGCCUACUCGGAAAAGGAGACAUAUAGAAUGAAAUUUCCACUGUCUGAAUCUCUCGGUUCUCCGAGGCAGCCUACAUAACUUCAGCAUAUCUUGCCUACAGCUAGCGAAUUUCAGGACCUUUCAUGCAACCAGCAAGUGUCUGGGUACUGCCUUCAGCGAUCAAGUUUUAGGAUCAAGCCUGUAAGGUCUCAAGAGCCCUAGACCAAGCCUGUAAGGUCUCGGAGCUGUAGACCAAGCCUGUAAGGUCUCGGAGCUGUAGACCAAGCCUGUAAGGUCUCAGAGCCCUAGAUUAAGCCUGUAAGGUCUCAGGGGCCCUAGACCAAGCCUGUAAGGUCUCAGGGGCCCUAGACCAAGCCUGUAAGGUCUCAGAGCCCUAGACCAAGCCUGUAAGGUCUCAGAGCCUUAGACCAAGCCUGUAAGGUCUCAAGAGCCCUAGACCAAGCCUGUAAGCUUUCAGAGCCCUAGACCAAGCCUGUAAGGUCUCAGAGCCCUAGACCAAGCCUGUAAGCUUUCAGAGCCCUGUCUAAAAUCACGACGUCCCAAAACUAAGCCAGACUCCUGUCAUCAGCCAUCUUACGGUGACAGUUUCAACGAAUAAAAAUACCAUAGAGGGCAAAAUUUAAAUACAAAAAAGCAGCACCUCGGGACCGGAUAUGACACAGUUCAAGACCAUCCUCACUAUCCUUCAAGACGCUGAGAAUCUUGAAGCACUCGACAGAGUCAUUGAUCACCUUGCAACGGUCAAUAUCGCUGUACAAACUUCUACAGCUAUCUAGAAACUCCUACUACAACUGUAAGUGUAUCCUGCAGCAUUUAGGAAUAUCCUACGCGAUUCAUGAGUAUCCACGUAUACCAUGAAGUGUCCUAGAUCCUCCAACAAAAUCUACGAUAUCCUACGAUAUCCAUGAACACCAAAGAACCACCUUAAGAUCCUCCUACAGAACGUAGAAGCAUUCUACAAUAUCCCGAAAGUAUCCUGCAGCAUUUAGGAAUAUCCUACGCGAUUUAUGAGUAUCCAAGUAUACCAUGAAGUGUGCUAGAUCCUCCAGGAAAAUCUACGAUAUCCUACGACAUCCAUGAACACCAAAGAGCACCCUGGAACCAUCUUAAGAACCUCCUACAGAACGUAGAAGCAUUCUACAAUAUCCGGAAAGCGCCUGAAACUAUCGUAAAGGACCGUGGAGCGCCUGGAACUAUCGUAGAGGACCGCGGAGCGCCUGGAACUAUCGUAGAGGACCGCGGAGCGCCUUCGGGGUGGGUUUUCCAGGAUGAGGAUGGACGGAGCUGAGGACAUCAGCACCCUGGCACAGCGGCGCCAGGCGGGAAGGCACGUCCCUCGAGCUCACUAUCCCAGCGAUCUCACACUCCACAUCGACAACUUCACCUCCGGGAACCCCUCUCCAACGCACUCGCCUCCCAUACCUCGGAAGUACGAGCCGAAGGGGUUCCUGGCGGAGGUGGUGAACGACCGGCGGAGGGAAGUGAAGGUGUCCUUGCCACUCUUCCUGGAGGAGGUACCCUACAAUCGUAUCUACCUACCGCCGCUCGUCCCUGUAGAAGUAAGGACUCCCACCACCGCUUUUGCUGUGCAUGGUACGGAGGUGGCUGCUCUCAUCCACACCGCCAGCCACAUCUCUCUCGUCUCCUCCACCCUCGUGCAGGACAUGGGGGUCAGGCAGGACGUCCUACCCGACACCUCCGUCCCUCCGUCACCCCUUGGUACAGGUACAGCAUCACCGUGGCUGGUGGAAGGAAAACUGAGAUACGUGGAACUCUCCAUUAAAGGGUCCAAGCAUGUCACACAGCUCCAUGUUGCGCGUGACCUGCCAGCCGACCUGGUGCUGGGCGUGGACUUCCUCAAGAAGGCUCAAGUUCGUUUGAGUUUCCCCGAGAACGCCAUCAGUCUGCCCCACGGCAAAGGGGAGGUCAAGGUGGCCUUCCUCAGCAGCAAGGAGAUGAACCAGCACCAGCGGCGCCCAAACAAUCCCUCCACCUCCAUCAACAAGACAAGAGCCUACUCCUCCAACUACUGACAGAACACCCAGGUGCCCUCUCUCGAUCGUGUAUAGCAAUAUAUAACAAGAAAUUUGCAAUAAAUGUAUCAAGAAAUGCAUAAACUGGAGAAUACUGUGGAAGGACACCCCUAUGGGCGCCAUCCGCCGCGUACUAAUAAAAUUAGACUUUAACAAUUCUCUCUCGAAUUGCUUCAAAGUCAAUCAUACUGACAAAUACGCAGAUAACCAGAGAGUAAAUAAAUAAAUAAAUAAAUAAACCUCUCUGGUUUAGCCAGAGAGUGCAUCUGAAAGUGAUAUUACGAGAAAAGUGUUACGAUAUUAUGAAAGAGAAGUUAAUAACUUGUACAAGAUGUCUGUGGAUAUUAUUUGAAAUAUAUGAAGCAGAUGUAACUUCUCCGGUGAAACUGAAGAGCGUAUAACUGUGGAAGGUUUGUGUGUGGAGAGCGGUGAUAGGAAGCCAUUCUGCAAGAGUACAGAUAUUGCUGAUGAUACGUGCACAUUGCAACUUAUCCUUCAAAAAAUACAGUACUUAUUUCGUAAAUAUUGAUGGAACGUACAAAAAUACUGUUGUAUUAAAACCAAUAAUACGUUUGAUACUAUUGCCAUAUCACAAUGGGCAUACCAAAACUGGAACAGUAACUAUUUAGCCAAUCUAAUCUACUCAUGGCCUAAAUAAGCCUAAACAUACGCCAUCUUAGGUCUAUUUCAAUAAAUACAAGUGCUAUACUGGGCCUAGAAAAGUUUAGGUUUGUUUGUUGCCUUGUUUUUCGUGCCCCUCUACAAAGAAUACAAAACGUGUAGUUUUGGAGAUGCAACAGUUAAUUGUUUACGUUCCAUCAAUAUUUGUUUUAAGUACUAUCAUUUUUUGGAUGACGGGUUGCUGAACACUUCUAGUGUGAAUGAUGCAGUGUUAUCACUUCAGAAGCGCUCUAGAAGAUAUUGAUGAUAUUGGCAAAUAUGUUAGUGGAGAGACCCAAAGGCACUCAGAAGCCUCCCUUAACCCAGAGGCACUCUGAAGCCUCGCCCAACCUAGAGGCACUCUAAAGCCUCACCCAACCAAGAGGCACUGAGAAGCCUCGCCCAACCCAGAGGCAAUCAGAAGCCUCGCCCAACCCAGAGGCACUCAAAAGCCUCUCCCAACCCAGAGGCACUCAAAAGCCUCACCCAACCCAGAGGCACUCAAAAGCUUCGCCCAGGACAGCUGGUGAGUGUCUUUGUCAUGAUCGUCUAAGUUUUCAGUUCUGAAAAUGAUCAACCAUAACAUGAAGACAUGACGAAUGUGGUGAUAAAUAUGAUGCCAAUACUACUAUUUACACUAGACAUUGAAUUAGUAGUAAUUUAGAUGGAUAUGAGGUUGUACAGGUCUGUAAAUAGAAGAUGUACGUCUUUGUGAGAAAUGUAUAAAUAUUUCAUUAUAACCCACAAUAUAUAUAUAUAUUUAUGUGAGUUGUCUGCAGCAUUUUAUGUUGACUAACAUUAAUAAAAAGACCUUCCUAA